AUGUUGGACGUGUGCUCCGAGGACAGCAUGGAGCUCAAGUCAGGCACUAACGGGGCCUACCGCGAGGAGCCGGUGGACCACAGACUGACAGACAGAGAGUGGGCUGAUGAGUGGAGGCAUCUGGACCACGUGCUGAACUGCAUCGUGGACAUGGUGGAGAAGACGCGGCGCUCUGUGAGCGUGCUCCGGCGCUGCCAGGAGUCCGACCGCGAGGAGCUCAAUUACUGGAGGAGGCGUUCCAGCGAGCAGGACGACCCGCGCAAGGGGGGCCCUGGCUCGGCGCCCUUCUCCAAGACGCACAGCCCCCACUCGGCAGACUCCGAUUCCCAGAGGGACAUGGGGUCCCGGCCAGGCUCGGCAUACGUACCGGACGAGAUCUGGAGGAAGGCCGAGGAGGCGGUGAACGAGGUGAAGCGCCAGGCCAUGGACGAGGUGCAGAAGGCGGUGGCGGAGGCGGAGCACAAGGCCUUCGAGAUGAUCGCCUCGGAGCGGGCCAAGAUGGAGAAGACGCUGGCCGACGCCAAGAGGAAGGCCCAGCAGGACGCCAUCUCCGUCAUCAACGAGCAGGAGGACUCCAGCGAGUGCUGCUGGAACUGCGGCCGCAAGGCCAGCGAGACGUGCAGCGGCUGCAACGCCGCGCGCUACUGCGGCUCCUUCUGCCAGCACAAGGACUGGGAGCGCCACCACCUCAUCUGCAGCCCCGGGCUCCAGGCGCAGCCCAAGCCCGCCAUCCGGGCGCCCGUCGCCACGGCGGCGGCGGCGGCGGCGGCCCCCCUCGCCGGCCCGCUGCCCGUGGCGGGGAUCAAGACCGGCGACCGAACGCCGAGUCCCGGCGGGGAGAAGGGCUCCUCCUCCAUCGCCUCGCGCUCCUCCGCCCCGUCCACGCCGGCCCCCCCGCCGGCGGCCGACAUCAACGGACACUAGUCGGAGGGCUGGGGGGCCAAGCCGGGCUCAGCACACACUUUGACUUUUGGUUCUUAAUCCCAGCCUGACUGUUUGGGGGGGGGGGGGCCCCCAGGGGACACGAAGCGAACCAAAACCCUCCCGGGCUCUCUGGCGGCCGGAGGGGAGUAUCUAGUGGGCGACGGCGGGACACCGGGUCGGGUUUGUCUGUCACCAUGGGCGACAGAGGGCCGGGUGGUCCACCCACAAAAGAGGAGGAGAACCCGCGCUUGAAUUGUACACAACAUGUUGUCUUUCAAUUUGAAGUGACUAAAAGCUCCAACUCCCAGAUCAGGGGGAAAAAGAGGGAUUCGCAUUUACCAACUGUUGUUCUCAAUAUAUAUAGAUAUAUAUAUUUUUGUUUUUGUUCUUUCAUCAGAAAAAAAGGCAUAGCGGAGAACAUAUUUAAUAGGAGAGGCUCUCUGCACAGCAAAGUUCGUCGAAAUUCUUUCACAGCUCACAAUACGGAAACAUGAUAACUAUUCCAUAGGACAUGACCCUACCCCCUCUGUGUAUCAUGUCUCACCUUCUCCCCAGAUUUCUGCGUUGUGCCGUCAGUGAAUAUUUGUAUGAUUUAAAAAUGUUCAGUAUCAUUGUAUCAGGUAGCUGGAGGUCUUUUUCGUCUGCGUCACCAAAAUGUUCAGUUGUUUAAGGGUGGAGCGAAGCUGAAGCGCUUCUGAUGAGGACAAUGGGUCCAUUCAGACUGAAGGCCACUGCUUCGAGGAGCGCGAGCUGCUCCAUCUUCUGUCCAGAUACUAUAGCUUUGUGUUCUUUUGUCGCCAGUGAUGAUCUCUGACUUUAAAACGCGUGGGAGGUGGACAAACUUCAGUGUCUCCUCUCUGUGGUUUCUUACGGUUGACUUACCGAACACGCCAAACGAAAAAACAAAUCCGUAUUGUACCGCAAACAGACCAACGCCAGUACCAUGUAAUGCUCUGGGGACAGGCGACGGGAGAGGACAGUAGAGGACGCACACUAUUAACGUUGUGUUGUGAGUUACAUACAUAUUGCGUGGGUGCUAACCGUUUGCAGCAGGUUGAGGGUCUGGCAUAUUGACUCUGUGCAAGGAAUCUCAGGAGGUUUAUGAAUAUGUACAUACAGUAUAUAUAUAUAUAUAUAUAUAUAUAUAUAUAUAUAUAUAUAUA